AGUCAUGAGCUGCAAGAAUUUUUGAUUAAGAUGUAGUUAAUGACAACUCAGAAUAUUUCGCCUGCGAACAUACGAUGACGUUAUUUUUACAUUGUCAUGAGUUGAUCUGUGUGAUGACAUGAACGGCACCAAAGGUCGUUUCGAAGUGUCAUUUCCGCUGUCAAUUUCAGUCGACCCAAGAACACUACGUGAACAAGCUAGGCAACCGACUGAAGAAACUGCCAAUGUGUUGGUAUACACUCACAAACCAAGAUAUCAAAAUAUUGACGUCACGCUUAGAAAAGGUGAAAGAACCAAGGCUAAACAGAGUUUGAAUUGGACCGCGAAUUAUAAUGAAGCACUUUCUACUAGUGUCCGAGAACAGAAAAAGUCCACCAAAAGUCCGAACAGUCAUCGUAAAUUGAACCUCGAUUCAAUAUGCAAAACAGAUCGAUUGAGUUCUGAUGCUUGUAAAAGUGAUAUAAGAACCAUUCGAGCUUUCGAUGAUGCGUUUUUAAACGAAAUAUUCUCUGUGCAUUCAGAAAGAGAUCAGCUGAAGUCUUUUUCGUUGGGCGAAAAUUUAAACCGAGCGGGCUAUGAGAAGAUAAAACGGGAUAGUGUGCAUGUAGCUCAGACUGGGGACAGUCCAGUUAUUUUAAAAGGGAAAGUUUAUCACCCGUUUGGAGAGAAUGAGGGUUCUAAGAGUGAGCCUAGUAGGCUGAGAGCCAAACAGGGGAGAAGUGGAGUAAUUUCGGGUGGGAUUGAUUUCACACGGAGUGCAUACAGGUACACGAGGAGCUGGAAGAAAAGACACAAGUUGUUGAGCAAAUGCGCGACAGAUGAUGAGCCCACUUGUCUCGGAGAUCACCAUGUUCCGAUCCGAACUCUCCCGAAUGAAACCGCAGCGGCUGCUGCCAGUGCAUGUACAGCUAGAAAUGUUCUAGAAUGUCUGCGUCCCAUGAAUUUAGAGACAGAGAAGAUGAAAUUCUUUGCUAGGGACUAUGACUAUAACCCUCAAUUUAAGUAUGUGAAACCUCUUAGUGUGGAUUUUCUGGCUCAGUUCAAACAGCCGAGUGUGAAAUACCUUCAGCCGGCGCUGACUAUUAUGCGCAAUCUGAUCAAGAGGUAUGGGUCCUAUGAGAGGUACGAGGAGCUUACAGGAGGCAGAGUUCUGCAGCCACAGGAAAUCCGGGCACUGGUGACAGACUAUGUGCAACGCGAAGGUUUCGACGACGGGGAGAUCCUUCUGAACCUCUCAACCACCAUCCUCUCUUCAGCCAUGAUGAGCAGAACAGGGCAGCAUGGGAUUCUCACUGUCAAGCUGGGGGAGGUGCAUGAGAGUUGGAUCGAAGGCAUGCUCAGACACGAACUCAGCACACACUACAUCCGCGGGAAGAACAACAGUCGUCAGCCGUGGAGUUCCAGGAAAAACAGAGACCAAUACUGUCUCCUUCCCCACAACCCAACAGAAGAGGGCCUAGCCAGUCUGCACACAGUGCUGAUGCGAGCAGAGCCCCUCCUGUUUAGAAAUGCACUGUUGUAUUAUGCAAUCGUAAUGGGUGCUACGCUAUCUUUUAAAGAUCUUUUUAAGAAGCUAGCAGAGUAUGUGUUGGAUCCGGAAAGAAGAUGGGACUACUGCGUCAGAGCUAAGAGAGGACAGAUGGACACAUCAAUACCUGGUUGCUUCACCAAAGACCAAGUGUACCUAACUGGAUCUCUGAACAUCUUGAGGAACCGCAAGAGGAUAGACUUCGAGGCACUGAUGAGGUGUGGCAAGGUGGCCUGGGAGGAUGUCGAUAGAGUAAAAGGCGUAGCAGAUUACGAACACACGCGCAUUCCAUCAUUCAUGACAAACAUGCCGUUUUACAGGUCAAGACUGGAUUUCAUCCUGAAAACAAACGGACUUCGAGAUGCGGACUUCAAACACCUCAAGUCAUCAUCUUCUAAAAUGGGUGAUCUAAAUGACAGGGUAGACGAGUGCAGAUUCGAUAUAUAACUGUAAAAGAAUGAACGAAUAGUUACAUAGUUAUCUACCUCAACUGUUUUGUUUUUAUUUUGUAUUUGUAUUUAGUUUUCAAAAAUUAGCAUAUUUUCUGAAA